AUGGCAAAGCAGGCAGAUUCGACCCUCUUCAAGGACGUUACUAUUAUUACGGUAGAUUCCUCGCGAAGAGUCAUCCUAAAGGGUUACGUCCUCGUCUCAGGAUCCCGAAUUCUCCAUGUUGGACCGCAAGAGCCGGAAUUUCUUAGAGCAGACACAAAUGUUUUAUCAUUGCCUGGCCGGAUUAUGAUACCGGGCCUGAUAAACACCCACGCACAUUUGGCUCAGUCACUGCUUCGCGGAUUGGCGGAGGAUUUACGUCUGCAUUCCUGGCUUUGUGAUCGUAUAUGGCCCCUCGAGGCAGCGUACGCAGGAGAGGGGGAUGACGCCGACGGCUAUAUUGCCGCGCGCACGACUAUCUCUGAGAUGCUUUUGAGCGGGACGACUUGUUUUCUGGAAGCCAUGUUAACACACGGAAGUGGAUUUGCCAACGUCGCGCGGGCGGUGUCUGAGAUGGGCAUUCGCGCAUGUCUGGGUAAGCUGGUAAAAUUUGUCGAGACUAAUCCGGCACUCAACAUUUCGGACGCCCGUGACAAAGAUCUCUCGCAUAUGAGUAUCGAGUCCUUAAUGUCAGCUCACAACAAGUUUCAUGGCUCCAGCAACAACCGCAUACACGUAUGGGCAGCAUGCGGCACGCCGCGCGGAGCCCCGCUCUCAUCUUUCGCAGAGGUUGGCCGCGCAUGCAGGGCGCGUGACAUCGGCAUCACCAUGCACUGCGCCGAGGCGCCACAAGAUCUCCCCAUCUUUCGUGAGGUCUACGCAGGACGGACGCCCAUGCAGUUUUGUCGCGACGCGAACCUGGCAGGGCCAAGGAUGGUCUUGGCCCACAUGUGCCACCUCGACUUGGAUACCGACCUCCCGAUCUUGCGCGAGACCGGAACGACGGUGGCGCAUAAUCCAACCAGUAACCUGAAGCUAGCCUCAGGGAUCGCACAGGUGCCGCGUAUGCUUGAGGCCGAGAUCAAUGUAUCGUUGGGCACGGAUGGGGCGCCUUGCAACAAUUCAUACGAUAUGCUACGCGAGAUGCACCUGGCUUCAAUUGUGCAUAAGGGAGCUACCUUGGACGCUACGGCGGUCGGCACUCACGAGGCUUUGGGGAUGGCUACGAUAUGCGGUGCGAAGGCACUGGGCCUCGAGAGAGAGAUUGGGAGUAUCGAGGUCGGUAAGAAAGCCGACCUGGUUGUUCUCGACGUCCAAGGAGCCUGUGCAGCGCCAUGGGAUCAAGACAUGCCCGGCGGUAUGGACCCUGUCAGCUUGGUAGGUGGAACUUGUACGGGAAAGGAUGUGACUCAUGUCAUGGUUGAUGGCUUGAUGUUGGUUCAGGAUAAAAAGCUUAUGUGCGGUGACGAGGCGGAUAUAGUGCUAGCUGCACGAUCGGCUGCGAAAGGCAUUCAAGAGCGUAGUGGGGUCAAGUUUCGUCCAAAGGCUGGUUGGACCUAUGUGAUAUGA